UUACUACCUUUAUAACCAUUGGGCGAUGCAAGCAACCACCUAUUUCUUCAUCUUUCUCAACCUUUCCCUUGUGCUGUUUGAAGAACCUGCUGUGUAUCCGCUUCCCUUCUUGGCUGCAUCUCUGAUGGAAGUGUUGUGCCUUCUGGUGUUCUCUGUCCGGCUCAUGCACUUUGCGAAAGUCACUCCUCGCAACAUAUUUUGGAAGGAUACCAAGAACAUCUGUGUCAUGGUUGCAAUCCUGAUGUCUCUAAUAGACUUGGCUGUCUUUGGAGCCCUCAGGAUAUACAAUGUGAGGAGUGUUCGUUGGUCAAGAAUAGUGAGGCCCAUCUUCCUGAUCAACUUUGCAGAGAGUCGCCAGAUUCGAAGAGCGUUUCGCAGCAUCCGCAACACGUUCCCGGAGAUCACCUAUGUUUUCUUGCUCUUCAUGUUCAGUGUUCUCAUGUUCUCCCUCAUGGCCUUGAAGCUUUUUGGUGAGAGGAAUCUUCAGACAGCAGAAGGCUUGCCAUAUUUUACAAACUACCUGGAAAUUGUGUUUGAUCUGUAUGUGCUAGUGACAACAGCAAACAGCCCGGAUGUCAUGAUGCCAGCAUUUGACUUCAGCUGGUGGUAUGCACUGUUCUUCAUUACCUAUGUCAUCAUCAACACCUAUAUCUUCAUGUCUGUCUUCCUGGCUGUUGUGUACAACAACUAUAGAAAGCACCUAAAGAAUGAGAUCCGCAAGCUUGCUUACAUGAAGCGCCGCAAGAUGGUAGAGGCCUUCAACCUCCUGAAGGAAGAGGAGGGAGCCGAAUUUGUAGUUAGAGAAGCCCAGUGGAAGCAGCUUGUCAAACUGGUGGCUCCUGAUAUCAGCAACUCCCACCGAGAGUUGCUGCUGCACAUAUCUGAUGAUGAGCAGAAGGGCUUCAUAGACAAAAAAUCCUUUGUACGCCUGGCAGAUCUCCUCAACAUCCAGGUGAUCACCCUCAAGAUACGCAGGCAUCCGCUGGCCCGAUGGAUGCCUCAUCUCUACAACUCAGCAGCAAGCCAGUUUCUGCGCAGCAUGGUUAGGCACAGGGGAUUUGUUUGGACUUACGAUGUCAUCAUUCUAAUAAAUGCUAUAUUCAUUGCUUUGGAUGAGGAAAGCCCCUAUAUUUCCUAUGCAGAGUGGGUCUUCCUUGCACUGUAUAUAAUUGAGAUACUCCUGAAAGUGUAUACUUACGAACCAAGGACGUUCUUUGGCAAAAACCAAUUCUGGAACUGGUUUGAUACCCUGAUCAUCUUUGCUGCCUUGACUGCAACAAUACUCAACACCACUCUAAAAUCGACUACAGAGUACAACAGCCAACAAAUUCUGGACAUUGUCUUCAUAUUAAGGGUCCUCAGGCUAAUAAGGAUUGUUGAUAGCAUUCAAAGGUUUCGAGUCAUCAUGAACACGCUGAUAAACAUCGUACCGACAAUGCUGACAUUCGGUGGGCUGACUCUGGUAAGAUACCCUAGUGUCUUGGCUCAAAGCACUCCAGUUUUGCAGGAAUCUUUCAGCAUCUUUGUGUCAUUCAUCUUGGAGGCUUUCUUUGUGGAGUAUUCACUAGAGAAGAGUGAAGUGGAAACAGCCAUUGAACAGAAAAUCCAGGAACUGGGAAUGGGAAUCCAAGAGGAUGAGCUCCAGGAUGAAAAACUGGUUGAUAACAUGGAGAGUGCUGAACAUGACCUUGAGGGAGAAGGUGGAACAAAGCCACAAGCUAAGGGGCUGGUGUUUAAAAUUGCCUCCAAACGGUACCGAACAGUUGAUGCUCUGCUUCAGCGUAUGUUUGAGGCAGAACUACCCCCAGAGGAUGAAGGUCCUUCCUUUGAAGAGAUCUUAAACCUGUCCCCUACUGAUGCUGUACUGAGAAAUGUCACUUUUGAGGCUGCUGCAUAAUCUGGGAAA